AUGUUUUUCAAGUCUGUUGUUGCCGCCGUGUCGGCGAUGGCCUGCCUGUCCGCUGCGGUUCCUGUAAACAGCGGUGCGGCUCCUCAGGUCAUCAAAGGCAGCUACAUCAUCAAGCUUAAAGACAAUGCCCCUACUGCAUCACAUCUCUCGUGGGUUAGCAACAUUCACGCCCGAAGUGCUGGCAAGGAUGAGUUUGCUGGCGUCGAGAAGGAGUACACCAGCGACGCAUUCCACGGUUACGCUGGGCACUUUGACAAGGACACAAUUGACAAGAUUCAGAACAGCCCUGAAGUCGACUAUGUCGAGGAGGACCAGAUCUGGUACCUGGACGAUGUCUUGGAAAAGAGGGCACUGACAACCCAGACUCCCUCGACUUGGGGCCUUGCCGGUGUUUCUCACCGUCAGCCUGGAGCAACUGGAUACAUAUACGACACGACGGCGGGCGAGGGAACCUUUGCCUACGUCAUUGAUAGCGGCAUCCGCACUACUCAUCAAGAGUUCGAAGGGCGGGCAAUCAAAGGAUAUACCGCGUUCCCAGGUGACGAGGGAGACAGCAUUGGCCACGGAACUCAUGUCGCCGGUACUGUUGGUGGUAAGACCUUCGGCGUUGCCAAAAAGGCGACACUCAUCUCCGUCAAGGUCUUCCAGAGUGGUGGCGCGGCUACCAGUACUAUCCUGGGUGGGUUUGACUGGGCCGUCAACGACAUCAUUUCAAAGAGCCGCCAAGAUAAGGCUGCCCUCAACCUUUCACUAGGUGGUCCACGGUCCCAGAUUUGGAACGAUGCCAUCAAGAGCGCUUUCGCCAAGGGGGUUGUCAGUGUUGUUGCCGCAGGUAACAGCAAAGUUGACGCAUCUGGCUUCUCUCCAGCCUCGGCACCCGAGGCUAUUACCGUUGGUGCUGUUAACAGUCGCUGGGAAAUUGCCACGGGCUGGGGUCUCACUGGCCAGGCGGGCUCAAACUUCGGCACUGUCUUGGACGUCUUUGCUCCUGGUGACAGGGUCGAAUCAGCCUCGAACGCGGACGACACCUCGUCAGUGUUGAAAAAUGGUACAUCGAUGGCCACACCUCAUGUUUGCGGUCUGGUGCUAUACGCUAUUUCUGUGGACGGUGUCCGAGGUCCCCAGGCUCUUACCAACCAUAUUAUCAACAACUCUGGUAAGGGUGUUGUUAAGGGAGCUAUCGGCGGAUCGCCAAACCGCAUGGCGAAUAACGCCAACACUCUACAGUAG